UCAUUAGACCCUCUUUGUUGGGGUUUCGAUUUUCUUCAAUUCGUUCGCCAGAGAAAAUUACGGUUUUUGGUCUCUACAGAAGAAUUAAAGUAAUUGAGAGCUUGCUUUGCGUGAAUCUUUCCUAUGUCUUCACAAAUGACGGAUUCUCUUGCGCAACAAGUACUUAAUCUAUUGAAGAAACUGGGGAAGCAAUUCAACCGUAAGGUUGCAGAGAUUGUGUUUAUUUUGGUCAAUCACAAGAGUGCUGGGUCACUUGGAGCUCUUGCUGGAUUUGCUAUUGCCAUAAUUUUUUCAUGGAAAUUUUUGAGAUCUACUGGUAGACCACAAAGAAGUCAGCCGAAACCAACAGGUUCAGCAUCUACAAGUAGUACUCGAGCAAAUGAAGAUGUUUCCUCGUAUGAAGCUCGUCGACUAGAACAGAAUGUAAAGGGUGUAGACUUUAUUGAUGAGUUCCAUUCUCCAACAAAGCUGACACUUGGGCAAACAGUGAGGAAGAAACUAGAUGGAAGCCGAAAGAUGAGUUGCCAGCUUCUUGGCGUAAUUCUUGAGGAGAGAAGUCCUGAAGAGCUUAAGGAGCAUGCCACUGUGAUGCCUUCUGUGGUGGAGGUGCUGCUGGAAAUUAGUAAACAUUGUGAUAUUUAUCUGAUGGACAGAAUUCUUGAUGAUGAAAGUGAGGAAAGAGUCCUCUCAGCUCUAGAGAAUGCUGGGCUUUUCAAAACAGGAGCUUUGAUGAAAGACAAGGUUCUUUUCUGUAGCACUGAUAAUGGGCGAUCAUCUUUUGUUCGGCAAUUAGAACCAGACUGGCAUGUUGACACAAAUCCAGAUAUUAUCUCUCAACUUUCUAGAUUCAUUAGAUACCAACUUUACAUCUCACCAAUCAGAUUGAGCAUUGAAAGGUCUAAUGUGUUCUGCUCUGGAAGUUUUGAUUCCUUCUUUGCUGAAUAAAGAGUUGCGUAGAGAUUUUAUUCGGCCCGUCAUAGAUUGUAAAUUGUAAAAAAAGAGAGAAUUUGUGGGAGGGGGGGGGGGGUUACAUUUUU